CAUCCUUUUUGCAAUUUAUUUUGCUACUGGUAUUCUCAAAACAAAAUUUCUAUGGAUGGACUUGGUCAUUAAUACGUGCAAGGUUUUUCCAGGUGCAAUAUUUUAUCGCAAAUUCCUGUAAAAGACAGAAUUUGAAAAUUUAUUGAACGGAUAUUGGUUCAGUCAGGCGCGUUUUACAUAGAAUGAGAGAUGGCUCUUGUUGAAAUUCAAUCACAGCUUGGUGGUAAAUGGAAACUCGAUCGAAGUGAAAACUUUGAUGAGUUUUUAAAAGAACUGGGACUCAAUGUGGUUUUUCGUAAAAUGGCCGGUGCUGCCAACCCGGUGAUCGAAAUAAAGAUUGAGAAUGAAACAGUCAAUAUCGUGUCUAAAGUCAGCUUCUUCAAUCAAGUCAUUUCCUUCAAGCUUGAUGAACCUUACCAACAAAACUAUGAGGGUCUUGAGAUGAAUUGCAUGUCUCGCUGGGAAAAUGGCAAGAUUAUAACAGAAGCAAACCCUAUCGCUGAAGGAAAAGGAAAACCACAGAAAUUUAUCAGAGAAAUCAGUAAUGAUGAACUCGUGCAGACCAUGUAUGUUGGAGACGUCAAAUGCGUUCGAGUCUUCAAAAGAACCUCGGAUUGAAGCUUGCAGAGUGGAGCCAUUCAGACAAUUAUUUACGUAUAUUAUUGCCUCUGCUUACAGUCGUUGUCUUCGAACAUUGCAAUUUAAUAUACACAUCUUUAUAGCACUCUUUACAAGCUUAGAAUGUUUUCAUGUUUUUGACACGGAGGCCUUAUAGUAAUGUAGGAUAACAUGGAAGAGUUCACUUAAGUAAAUGUGAAUCGUAUUGGAAUUGCGAAGACUUCUAGUUCGGUCCCCAAAAGAACAAAACUGGAUUUCAAAGACCUAAGAGAUGUGCCAGUAAUAACUUAAAAGCUUUUCAUUUAUUUAGCGAUUUAAAUUCUUCCAAAUAAUUUAAUUUAUGCAGAGGUAUAGUUUUUCCUGGCCUACACAUAUUACGAUCUACAAUUUAUCAACAUUCCAGAUUCGUAAAUGAACAAUUAUACAGUAAUCUUUCAAGCCAGCUUUUUUUUUUUUGUUUACUACCUUUUAAAAUGUUAAUGCAUUGUCUACAAUCUGUGUUGCAUCAACAUUUAUGUAAAUGUUUCUUUUUUUCAAUUGUUAAUUUUAUGACAAUAAAGUUAUACAAGCUUU